CAACAAACCACGGUCGCCGCCUGGAUGUAACCACCCGCUCGCGUCCUAACCAAUGUAAUCCGUAUAUUAGUGUAAUCACAGCCCCGAGAGCCCCAAGAAAAGGAAUCUUUCGGAACAUAGAUGUUCCUCCAGGCAAAUCCAUCCAUCCAUCCAGCUCCGCCGUGCUCUUCGUCCGUCCUCCCGGAGCCAUGGCGCCCAACCUCAGCACUCUGCCGACCGAGACGCUCUCGCUCAUCCUCAGCCAUUUCUGCCUGCACUGCAGCAAGCAACACGACUACGACUCACCCGAGGGCUAUUUCCGAAGCACUGCACAUGAUGAGCAGCAGCCAGACCAACCAUCAUGGUACUCACGCGAGUGCCGACAACCCCUUCACGCCGUGUGCCUGGUAUCACGGCGCCUGUUCCUCAUCGCCCAGCCCAUUCUCCAUCACGAAUUCAUCCCCGGCUACGGCGACGCAUGGAAAUCUAGUCACUUUUCAUGGACCGGCAGGCUGGCCUCCUUGCUGCGCACCGUGGCCACCCGCCCGGACCUAGCCGCGCUGCUGAAGCGCAUCUUCAUACACCCAUACCUGCUCCGGGCCGUUCCAGAAGAGGAGGCUCAAGCUGUGCUGGAGGAGGUCCUGCAGCCUGCAGCUGCUGCCCCGGGAGUCAUCGUGCGGCUCUCCGAAUACCUUGACCCUUUUGACGAGUUCCUCAAACGACGAACCCGCCACCACCGCAAAGGCGCGAGUCUCGCCGGCUGGAAGCUUGUCGGCGCGCUGCUGGCGCUGGUGCCAAAUCUCGAGCGGUUAAGCCUCCAAGUAGCCGACGUGGGGGGAGUCCCCGCCGCAGCGUUUGCGGCGUUGCGUAGCCCACCGGGUUCCUCUGGCUCGGUGCUUUCGAAACUGAAGACGCUCGACGUUUGCCACCGCAACGAUGGAUCUUGGCUAUUCAGCUUGGAAGACUGCGCCAGCGGGGUUCUGGAUGCGGUAGCGGCCGGCGAUGGGCACCUAUCGACGCUGAACCUUCACGGGUGUAGGAGGGUCGGCCGAUCGAACUUGCACGGCUUGCAGACGCUGCGACUCAGCGACAGCAGAUUUGCUGACGGGAAUCUGGCUGCGGCGCUGCGUUCAUGCAGCAUCCCGGGACUCAAGUCCUUUUUCUACGAAGCCAGAAUACCCCUGCCCUACUUCUGGCUUUCCGUCGACACUCGUGAGACACAUCCUGUCCCACUCUCACUUCCUCCUCCACUUGCCGUCUGGUCGACCCAUCGUAACUAACCUCCAACCUCCCUUCCCUUCCGUUCCCUUCCCUUUCCCCAGACAGCGGCGACGACCACUUCCAGCCCACCACCGCCAUCCAGCUCCUCCUCCCGCACGCCCCGUCCCUCACCUCCCUGCACCUCGAUCUCCGCAAGCGCGGCGAAGCCUACCUCUCUCCGGAGUCGGGCAUCGGCUGGUUCAGCAUCGAAUGCCUCUCCUCGACCAA